UGAUAAUGAGUGCUGCAAAAUUUAUGAAUAUCUUAUCUCAAAGAGAUCAAUAGUAAAUAAACUUACUAAUUAUUUUUAGAUAUUUGGAUAAUCCAUAACUUAAUUCUUAUCAGUAAUUCAAGCAGACUAUACAGUCACUUGGUUUUUAACAUAAAUAACCUACUUAAAUGAAUUUUUAAAAACAUUGCACUCCACCUACAUCCGAUAAUUCACCAUAUUUCUUUUCGAAAUAAGAAUAAUGGCAAAAAACCUAAGACUUAUUGGCUCAAUAAAUUAACUCCAGUUCAAACAAAUCUUAUAGAGCUAUUUACCCAAAUAGAAAAUUAACUUCUAUAGAAGAAAGAUAUUAAUAACACAAUUCUUAAUCUUAUUUUAUGAAUAAAGUGUUAUCUUCUGAGCCUAGUCCACUUCUAUAAUAUAAAUCUCAGAGUCCUUCAUUAAAAGAAAAGAGCUAAAGUGAAAUGAGCUAAAUUUAAUAAUAGAUGUCUUUGCCUGCUUUUAAAAAGUCUAAUCUUAAGAUCAAAACUGACGAUGAAGGAAGGAUAAAAAAAAAAAAAACAGUCCAGAUAGUUGAAAUCUAAUUAGAAAAAAAUAAUGAAAGUAAUGGAUAAAAGAAAAGCCCUAAAAAAAUCAUAACGAAAACUCAAAUAAGAACAGUUUAAGACUUUUUAGUUGAAAACUCAAACAAAAAAAAGAAAUGA